AAACUUCCAAGAAUUAUAUACUUAUCUCUCUAUAAAUACACUCUCUACUGUCACUCUUCCCCUCAUUUCCUGGAUCCUUCAUUUUAUUUCUCACCUGACACAAAAUUCUGUUUCUUUCCCGCCAAAAUCUUAACACUUUGCUUCUAUUAAAGCUGAUUAAUUCCCCCUCUUUUGUCUAUUUGUCUCCUCCUUUUUCUUUCUUUCUUUCUUUAUAUAUAAUUUUGUCACUUGUUUUUAACCUAACACAGUCUUCUCCCAAGUUCAAGAAACCUUAAAAUCCAUUUCCAUGUCUUCACAACCAGCCACUCGUUCUUUUUCAAGAUCCAGAGUAGUUCGAAUCAUGUUCAGCGACCCUUAUGCUACUGAUUCCUCUGAUGAUGAGAAACCAAAGAAAAGAAACAGAUCAGUAAAGAAACAUGUAAGCCAAAUCACUUUAACAACUACUUCUUCUAAGGAUAAAGACGUGUCUCGCAAGAGAAGACCAAGAUCACCGGAAUCUGACCGGAAAAAGUUCCGGGGUGUCCGUCAGAGACCAUGGGGACGUUGGGCAGCGGAGAUUCGUGACCCGACCGUAGGAAAACGUGUUUGGCUCGGCACCUUUGACACUGCUGAAGAAGCUGCUACUGUUUACGAUCGUGCUGCUGUUAAAUUAAAAGGUGUUAACGCUGUUACCAACUUCUCUAACUCCGUUAAAGUUCCUGACGUUCAAAGAACGUGUAGUAAUAAUUCAUCCGAGUCUUGUGACUCGCCAUCACGCGCCUUCUCGUCUUCUCCGACGUCUGUUCUCCGUUAUGAUGAGUUAACGCCGUUUGAUGGUUUAGGAUUCGGUUUCGGUUACAGUUUUGGGUUAGAAGAUCUUGACUUGCCGUUGAAUCUAACUGAUUUCACGGUGUCGGGAAGACAGUUUGGCGGCGAGGAUUUCGUUGACCUCGACGAUUUCUUGGUCGACGUUAUAUGAUCGACGUGUCUUUUGUCUCGUAAUUAUUGGGAAGUUUGGUGAGCGUUUGGUAAUUUCAAUAUCCUUUGUUACUAUGUGGCUGUACUACUACUCGUUUUUCGGGGCAAAGGUGGCAAGCUUGACUAAGAAAUUCCAAGUUUACCCUUCCUCUUUGGAAUGGUUUGAUUAGUCAAACUACGGAGUGUAAAUUAAAGUGGAGUUUUUUCGGCCGAUUAUUAUAGGACGAUUUUGUCACGUGUUAUUAUAAAUUUUGUAGUCGUGUAAUUAACGGAAAGAUUAUUAAUUAUUUAAAUUAAUUUGCAA